AUGUGCGACGUUCGUGCUGAGAAGUCUGGCAUCGCUCUUGAGGCACAACAGAAGAUUCAUGGCAAGUACGAUACCGAACUAGCUUCGCAGAUUUUGCAUUGGGUUCACUCAGUAACUGGCGAGGAUUUCAAUACUGAUGGCAAUCUCGACAACUUCUGUGCCUUGUUCAAGGAUGGGACAUUGCUUUGCAGGCUUGCAAAUAGCCUACAGCCGGGUGUCGUCAAGAAGAUCAACUCGUCAGGCAUGGCCUUUCAAACAGAUGGAGAACAUAGCCUUUUUCCUGGCAUUUGCGGAGAAACACGUUGCAAAUCUCUGAGCUGUUCCAGGCUUGCAAAUAGCCUACAGCCGGGUGUCGUCAAGAAGAUCAACUCGUCAGGCAUGGCCUUUUCAAACAGAUGGAGAAACAUAGCCUUUUUCCUGGCAUUCGCGGAGAAACACGUUGCAAAAUCUGAGCUGUUCCAGACUGUUGACUUGUACGAAGCGCAGGAUCCAAAUGCGGUGUUGAUCUGUUUAUCUUCGCUCGCGAGGAAAAGCGAAAAGUUAUUUGGAAAACCCGGUCUCGGGCCGAAGGAAGCUGAAGGAGAGAAGAGGUCUUGGACAGAAGAACAGCUGAAGGCAGGACAAAAUGUGAUUGGUCUGCAAAUGGGCAGCAACAAAGGAGCAACGGCUAGCGGCAUCAAUUUUGGCAACACUCGACAUAUGUAA